CAUCGGCCGUCUUGGGGCCCUCUCGGGGGCGCUUUGGGGCUCUGCUCGGGGCCUCUUGCGGCCGCCCUGGGCGCCCCGAGACUCGGAGGGGCGAGGGCAAGGGAAGCUGCCACGAGGCCCUGGGGGAUCGCUGCUUCUGGCUGCUGGGGGCCCUCUUGGGGCGGUGCGGGGCCGGCUUGACUGCCUCCUGGGCCCGCUCGAGGCCAUCCUGGGACCCUUGCGCGGCGGGCGCCGGCGCGGGGCAGCCCCCUCCGCGAUGUGGGCGGCGGGGCGGGCCCGGCGCGGCCGUUCGGGGCGGCCCGGCGGCUCGCUGGCCAUGCGAGGGGUGCUGGCCGUGGCCGGCUGCCUCUCCGCGUGGCCCUGGCAGGCGCAGGCAGGCGCGUGGGCGGCCCUGCGCGCGGCGGGGCCGCGCGCGGCCGUCGACGAGGAUGCGCACGGGGAGGCUGGCCGUCGCAGGGCCGCCUGCUCGGUGUGUAGCGGGUGGCUGGCCGCGGCGGGCCCGCACGCCGCGCGGGCGGAGGCGGCGCCCGGCGCUGCGGCGGGCUUGCAGCGGGUGGAGCCGUACGUGCAGAAGCUGCAGAGCCUCCGGCGGAAGUGCAUGCUGCAGGGCGAGAUGGCGAACAUGUUCGGGGGCACGCUGACGCUCAAGGGCGGCUUCGAGGGGGGCGCCGCGGACGCCCUCAGGGAAACGAUGGAGAAGGGGAAGAAGGAGGUCCUGGAGCCGCUCCUCGCGGACGUCACGGAGCUCGCCCCAAGGGUUGCGGAAACACUGUCUGGCGACCAGCGGGCAAAGGCCGAGGGCUUCCCGGCGACGUUGCAGAAACAGCUCCAAGAUCUUGACGAGGAUGUCAGGCUUGGUCUCUUCUCCGAGUUCACGGCCACGGCAACGGGCGAAAGAUACGCAGGCGGCCAAGCGGAACAGAAGAUCGAGGAGAUCGGCAGUUUGGUGCAGGAGUUCGUGGAGCUCACGAAGAAGGGCUUGUGAUCGGCUGCGGCGCCUUUCUCCUCCUCCUCCUCCUCCUCCUCCUCCUCCUCCUCCUCCUCCGCCUCCUCUUCCUCCUCCUCC